GAAGAAGAAGAAGAAGUAGUAGUAGUAGUAGAAGAAGAAGACUGUUGUAUCAGCUUUCCUAAUCGGUCCUUGGAGUGACUCUGUACCUCUGCGGUACCAAGUAAAGUCAGCCAAUGAAAACAGUAGCAGUCCUCGGAGGAGGUAUCGGGGGUUUGGCUGCCUCUUUCUACCUCUGCAAGAACCCCCAGGUUGCCAAGGUAAUCGUUCUGGAGUCCAGCAGUCGUUUUGGUGGUUGGCUGUGGUCACUGAGGCGGUCUGAUGGGGCCGUGUUUGAACUGGGACCAAGGGGGAUCCGACCUGCUGGGGCAGUGGGAACCAACACACUCAAUAUGGUGGAAGAUCUGGGUCUGGAAGGAGAUAUUCUUCCAGUUUCCUACAAUCAUGUUGCCUCUAAGAACCGCUAUCUGUAUGUCAAUGGACAGCUCCACAAGUUGCCUUCUGGAAUAAGUGGAAUUUUGAAAACAGUCCCUCCAUUCUCCCGCCCCCUUCUGUUCAGUCUCCUCACUGAGAUCUUGGUAAAGAAAGGAAGAGAAGAGGAUGAGUCCAUUCAUUCAUUUGUCUCCAGGAGGCUUGGAAAGGAGUUGGCAGACCUAGCUAUGGACAGUGUGUGUCGGGGUGUGUUUGCGGGGGACUGUAAGAAGCUGAGUGUGCGCUCCUGCUUCCCUUGGCUCUACAUGGCUGAGCAGCAGAGAGGUUCCCUGACUCUGGGCUUCCUGCUGGGCUCAGGUUCAGCACCUGUGAUUGUUCCUGGACAUCUGGCUCAGAGAGCGAAGAGAGAGGCCUGGGCUCAGUGGUCUCUAAAGAGGGGAGUGGAAACCUUGCCAGAGUCCAUCGCUGAGUUCCUCCAACAGAGCGGCAAGGUGGAGCUGCACAGGGAUGCAGCUGUUAGACAAAUAAUUCCCACAACAUCUGGAUGGAAGGUCCAUGUGGAAGAUGGUGUAAUAUCAGCUGAUCACAUCAUGUCUGCUCUACCAGCUAAAGCCCUGUCCUGCAUCCUGCCCCCCUCCUGCCAGGGUCUUGUCCAGCAGCUGCAGGACAUCUCAACAGUAACUGUGGCUGUGGCCAGUCUGGAGUAUGAGGGCUCCAUCCUCCCAGUAACGGGUUUCGGCCACCUUGUUCCUUCAUGGGAAGACCCAGGUUUACUUGGGAUAGUCUAUGAUUCUGUUCCCUUUCCUCAGCACAACAGACAGACUGGACAGACAACAAGACUGACGGUCAUGAUGGGAGGUGCCUGGUUCCAGAAUGUGUUUGGGGCCCCCCAGGCUGUCUCAGCAGACAGCCUCUUAGCGAGGGCCACCGAGGCAGUGCGCUGCCACUUGGGACACUGUGUGGCCCCCAGCUGGAGUAAUGUGGCUCUUCACAGGGAUUGUAUACCUCAGUAUCACCUCGGACACUUUCAGAGAGUAGAUACCAUGCGAGCCUUUAUAAAGAACAAUAACCUACUGCUAUCUCUGAUUGGCUCAGCAUAUGAUGGCGUGUCUGUGAAUGAUGUCAUCUUCAGUGGACGGACAGCUGUAGCAGAGUUGUUGGGAAGUGGAGUUUGAUGCAACAUGAGCAACAGAUCAGAUUCUCAUCUUGAAAUACAUUAAUGGACUUUAUUUAAUUUUCUAAGAACCCUUCUAAUAUUUUGCCCCCCCUUUUUAAGGGAAUUGUAAUUUUCUGUCUUUAAAGAGUAACUAAGCCCCUUCUGAAAGCAUAACAUUUGAACAAAUUAUGAAAUAUUCAAGAAAGUGGUGAGAGCCAAGAUGCACUCAGGGGUGUUGCCUAAUGUGGGGAUGAUUGGAGGGGAAAGUGUGGCUGUGUUGACGAAGAGAGAAACACUGUUGUUAUAAACUUUGACAUUAUAUUUUUCUACUUGUAAUUAAGAAACAAACUAGCGACAAAUUGAACAACUUUUUUCUGACUGGUUGCCAGUGAAAUUCAUCAAGCUGCUUUGCUCCUCAAGCUAGCGUAGCUAGCAAGCAAUGCAAAUUUUUUCUGAUAAGAAAAAGACCAAAGGAACCGUCCGGCAGCCCUGCUGUGGACGACUCUGCUGAAAAAAAGUAUAAAGGAAGAAAAUAAAUGUGAUGUGAUUAAUAUAAAAUGCUACAUAUUCUUCUCAGAGGAGGGGAUUGUAAUGAAAGUGUAUUAUUUUCUAAUGAAAUCAUAAUAUGUUUGAAAAUAAAAAAUGUUGCCACAGA